UCAGCCCAUCAGCAAUGAAUGUUCAAGACAUUUACGCCGAAGUUGGCAAGCGAUACUCUGCCGCUGCAGGAGGAGUAGAAGCUCGAUAUGCGGAUUCUGUGGCGAAAGCGUUUGGGUAUACAAAGGAAGAAUUGUCAGAUAUUCCUCAGGAUGCCAACUUGGGCCUCUCUUGUGGCAAUCCUCUCGCGAUCGCGACCCUGCGUGAAGGAGAAACCGUGAUUGAUCUUGGAAGCGGUGCUGGUUUUGAUGUCUUCCUCGCCGCGCGAAAAGUAGGGGAAAGCGGCAGGGUUAUUGGCGUGGACAUGAACGAGGAUAUGCUUAAAAAGGCAGAGGCACUAAAAGCUUCAUGGGGCCAGAAAAAUGUCGAGUUCGUACAGUCGCAAAUCACGCGCAUUGCUCUUGAAGACGGCAUCGCGGAUUGCAUCAUCUCCAAUUGCGUCGUCAAUCUUGUCCCCGAAGAGGAGAAGCAGCUCGCCUUUAAUGAGAUGUUCCGUCUCUUGAAACCGGGCGGGCGGGUUGCCAUUUCAGAUAUCCUUGCCAAGGGCCCACUGCCAGAUGCUAUCAAGAAGAGCAUGGCUUUGUAUGUCGGCUGCAUUGCCGGAGCAAGCGAGGUCGGAAUGUACCAAAAGUAUCUGAAAGAAGCCGGCUUCAAUGGCAUCGUCAUACAGGAUUCAGGAAACGACUUGAAAGUCUAUCAUGAUGAGGGUCUCACCACUUGCAGCUCUGAUCCUGCGGAACAGGACAAAGGUUGCAGGGUGACAAAAGGUGACGCGGUCAACGUUCAAGACAUUGACUUCAACGAAUGGACUGCUUCGUACAAGAUAUUCGCCGUCAAAGAUUGA